ACACUGACUAGUGUGCAUGGGGUAGGGGUGGGGGAAGUACUUAUACGCCAGGCAUAACAUCAGGAAAAGGACAAUUUGAGGCCCUCUCAUCGUGAUAUGCACCUCCUUGGCCCUGCUGUGAAAUGCAGGUCAGGGGGCUGUGCUGAGUUAGCUCACAGCCCUCUUUACUAUGUCCUUUACCUGAGACCUGCUAGGAAGAGCAAGAGGUCCCUGGUUUUUGGAGCUGGGCUUCCUGCCAUUAAGGGGAUAGGCACCAGGUGUGGUAGUGCACUCAGAAGGCAGAGGCUGUUGAGUCUAUGAGUUCAGGGCCGGCCUGGUGUAAGUGGGGAGGGAUUAGGAGGCAGGGAGCUGCCCUGAGAAUGGCUAUACACGAAGCAUCCCCUAUUAAGGAACCUAGUAGUAAGCUGGCACUUGGCAGCUGGUAGGUCCCGAUCUACCAAAUGGGAAGGCUGCAGAACUGUGAGUACACAGUGGAGUGAUCAUCCUUCCAGGAAGGCAGGAUUUAUUCAACCAGUGCUUGUGACUGCCUACUAUUCUCCAGGGUUGGUUGUCGGGGUGGGUACCCCUCUGUGGAACUCUGCAUUGUCCCUUCUGAUUGGCUGGGCACAAGACAAUGGGAGGUCCACUGGGUGGGGUUCACUUUUGGUGGCCUGGUUUCUAUGGGCUGAGGAGGGGCUGAGAAGGGUGGAAGGAUGGUCACCUUAUCAGUGCCAGGACAAGAACAGGCCUUACCCUGUUAUCAGCCCCAGAGUCCAUAGGACACUUGGGUUAACGUGUAACCAACCACAAGGCUUCCCCAGUGCCCUCUGAAGCUGUUGAACAUGGAUGCUAGAAAAGAGGGGCUGCCCCUGAAGAUAAUCUUCUCAGACCAACACCCCCAGGUCCGCAGGUGGCUGGUCCCCUUCAUCCUUGCCUGCUCCCUCUACUUCCUCCUCUGGAUUCCUGACGACCAGCCGUCCUGGGUCAGUGCCCUGGUCAAGUGCCUGCCCAUUCUCUGCCUGGUUGUGUUCCUGUGGGCUGUGGCCCCUGGUGGGAGCUAUUCGCGGCUCCUGCAGGGAGCUCUAGUGUGUUCUGCUGUGGGAGAUGCCUGCCUCAUCUGGCCUGAAGCUUUCGUUUAUGGCAUGGCUGCCUUCUCUGCUGCCCAUUUAUUCUACCUCUGGGCUUUUGGCCUGUCCCCCCUGAAGCCUGGAUUGCUGCUGGUCACCAUCCUGACCUCUCUUAUAUACUACAGCUUCCUUGUACCUCACCUUGAGCCGGACAUGGUCCUGCCCGUGUUGGCCUAUGGGCUGAUCCUGACCUCCAUGCUGUGGCGCAGCCUUGUCUGGGGUGGGAGUGCAAGCUGGGGUGGUGUGGUCUUCACUGUCUCUGAUGGUGUGCUGGCCUGGAACACUUUCGUCUACUCCUUUCCUUUUGCCCGCCUAUUGACCAUGACCACCUACUAUGUAGCCCAGCUCCUCCUCACCCUGUCAGCCCUCAGGGACCCAGGGCUCAAAACCCACUAAUGCAGGACCUAGCCAGCCAGCAGAUGUCCCAGCCAGCAGAUGUCCCAGCCAGCCAGAUGUCCCCUCCCACAAGACCUUGCCUUUCCCACACUGACCCAGCCUGGCAUGUGGCUGCAGAAACAUGGCCAUCUUGAAACAGCUGUAUACUGUUGGCAGAAUGUCACAUCUACCACUGAGAUCAAGCUACCUUCCCUGGCUUCUUCUGAUUGUAGCUUCCAGUCCCCUCAUCCUGU